AUGGAAAUCAUCAGAGGUAGUUUAGAUGACAUUUCUCGACCUGCAUCGCGUGAGCAAACAGGUAGCCGUGUUUCGAGCGUGUCAUUGUCUCAUAGUGACAGAAUUGGUCCUGCAACUCCACUUUACCUUGUUGUUUUGACCAACGAUGCUGCUGAUAUGCAGAUUCAGGGAAGCUCUGAAGAAACUAUAAUCAACUCCUCAGCCAGAGGUCCUGACAAAGAUCAGUGUCCCAUUGAAGUUACUGAUGAAGAGAAAGAAGAUUCCAAACUACAGACGGCCAUUGAGGAAAUGAGACGACUUGAUGAAAUUCUGUCUGCAAAGAUCUGCAUAGAGAAAGAAGUCAAGUGUAAAAGGAAACAACUUCAAGCAAAAAUCUGGCAAGAACUCCUGCAGAAUAAGCCUGAAGGUCACUCUGAAUGUGCCCAAGAAGUCAUGAACACAAGGUUGUUUUUGGCCCUGGAAGCACCCACUGGGACAGAAGAGGAGGACGACUUUGUGCCUGUGUUUGAAACUCAGGUUCCUGACUGUGAGCAUGACGGAGACAGCCAAUAUUUGGAGCAAAGUGAAAAGCGGACAGGCAGCUUGACAGAAUCAUUUGAACUAGACCAUGAGGAGACUGGGGAAGAGCUAUUUGAAGGCAGCCACUGUGGAGCUUCCAAAGGCAAGAAAAAACAGAAGGACUUUGUCAAAAGAAACAUUGAGUUAGUAAGUUGUGAGGGGGACCAAGUGCUUUUGACUCAGGCAGAGAAUGAGCGUCUGGCCGAGCUCCUCCGAGAAGUAGACAAAGAGGAAGACGACAGUGCCGGAGGCGCCGACAGCGAGGAGGACCUGUGGGAUGUGUCAGUCCUGACAGGCCAGGGUUACACCCCGGUGCCCUCUGACCUGCUGCAGCUGAUUAACAUUGACUCCAAAAUGCGCCUUCUCCUUCCUGUCGAAGAAUGUGUGUCCGUGCAAAGCUCAUGCACAAACUUGACGAUGUACCAGGGCCGUGGCUCAGUGGUUGGCUGGAAGUGCGAUGGGGACCAGCAGCCAGGAGAGAAGGCCCUGCAGGAUAUAAAGGAGAGGAGAGGGCAGGAGAGGCGGCUCCAAGAGAUCCAACAGCAGCUGGAGAUCCUGGGCCAGGGCCAAGAGAUGACAAACGAGUCACCAGACAUUACUGAGGAGCAGUUACUUGGUCUGCUGGAUGAAUGUGAGCUGACAGAAAGUUGGACCCAAGAUCUUGAGACGACUGCCACAAUACCAUGAGUCAUUACAAUCUGUGCUUUUCAAUACCCGUACUACCAUACUAUUUAGUAUGCCAGAAAAAUAUUUUGUAUCUUGCAAUAUGAAAAAUGCAUGUCAAAUGUAAUAUGUCCAAAAUACCCAGAUGUCCUACUGCAGCCGGUCACAUUUUGCAGUAUUCAAGCCAGCAUGCUUUUCUGACUGAUCUGACCCACAAAUCUUUGCGCAGCAGACAUACGAGUAAGAGUUUUAAGUUUAGGGUUCAAUGUUAUGAUGAAGUAGUAUGUCCCAAUUGCAAUUCAUUCUUUGAAGAGUCAGCUGCAGUACAUACUAAAAGUAAAAAGAAAAAAGUAAACGAUUUUCAACGCAGCCAAAGAUUCGGUCUAUCAAGACACCUAUCAAGAUGCAUCUUUGCUGGGACGCUACUGUCAGGAUACUAGGGGGGUUUGUUAGAGAAAAAUGACUGGAUCUAAAUUUAUUUAAUCACCAGACUAUUUCUGACCUACCACAAUUGCAUUUUAAACUUACAAACUCCUGAGUAACAUUUUAGGAUACUGCAAAACUUUCAUUUUCUGUCUUAUAUAUGUAGCACUGUUUCAUCACUUCACUGGCCUUAACAGCACUCUACAUUUGUAUAGUUGCACUCAAUAGUAAUAACUACCUGUACUGUAUACUUCUGAUGUGUAUUUAGUGGGUGUCUAUCUACUUUUUAAAAGACUCUUGAACUAUA